AUGUUUUGGACGAAACCUGUGAAGACAUUUGAAAUGGUAAAUUACCAGAAAUCGGAAUAUGUGUUGUGAAUGUGUGUAUCUAGUCAAUAGAAGAGAGUUUUUACUGAUACUUAACCAGGUACGAAUAUAUUUUAGUUGACAUUUAGAAGUCAGACUAAAGACUAAAGUAUCGUCAUUUUAAGGAAUCGGAUUUCAACGGCCACAGAUACUAGAAGACAGCACAGCCACAGCACAGGUUACAGUGUUUACGACGAGCUGCAGGCCAGGCCAGGAAGGCCUCGUAUCGGCCCACCCUCCAGGCGUCCAGACUGGGCGUGCUUGAUAUGUCAUCCUCGACGAGCGUGAUGUCAGUCGUGCGGGUGAUUGAAGCAAAGUCACGAGUGCAUUAAUUAUACUUUUGCGUGUUUGAUAUUUCAAUUUCAUUCACAAACAGUGAACUGACUGUACGCCUGAAAUUCCACUCUUUGGGUUAACUUUAACUCUAAAUUUUGGAGUAUUUUGAAAGAGAAAAUGAAGCAGAAAAACAAAUCAACGCCAGCGUCAGCGAGGCAACCAGAGAGCCCAUUCCUCCCUCAAAAGAGAAUAAGUGACAGCCCCCAGCUGAGGUUCAAGCAGCCUCAACAGACAGAGCAGUGGUUGUUAUCAAGAGAGAAGACAGAUUAUACAUAUUCAAGAAGUGCAAGUUACUCGUCAUCUGUAAGCCAGUCGGGUUCAUUGCGCAGGGUAGCCAACUCUUAUGAGACUCCGAUAAUGUCUAGGAGUGGCCAAGAUGAAAGUGAGUUACUACCCCAGACACCACACUCUGCACAACCUGGUCACAGAUACUCCACACGAUCAUCAGCAAGGAGGAGCAAUAGACUCCCUGCACAGCAACAUGAAGGACAAUAUGAGAACACACCUUUCCGUGAACCUGCAAAGUCGCAUCGGACCAGGCGAGUCACCAAGACCGCAACGCAUACGUAUUCUGACCAGUCCGGGAUGCAGGAUAAUGCAAAUGAAGAGGCUUACAGAAAUAUUCAUGAAUCCAGUGUUACUGAUCGCUCAGGUGUGAUAUCAGAGACCAGUCAUAGAGAAAUGAUGACACGUAAAAAUCAGGAGAACAGAAGCUUGCAAAAUAUGUAUGGUCUGGAUGGAAAUGAAAGUGAAUUUUCAGAUAGUGAUAUUCCCUCUGGUGGUACAAGUACAACAACCAUCACCACCAUCACAACUACCACCUCCACAACAUGGCUACAACAACAAGGCAACCACUACCACAAACAAGCUGGGCUCUUCCCAAUCUUCAUGAGGACUCUCUUCUCAAUCUUGGUUGUGAUAGAGACCAUUGUAAGAACAGUGGUUUCCAAGACGAUCACAGUCCUCAAAUCAGCUUCAUCGAGUGUGGGGUCAAAGGUUUCAUCAGCAGGGUAUUCAUUAGGAGAUCUGUUGAUGUGGUUGCUGUCGUGUUUGUGGAUGUUAGGACGCAAGGUUUCUGAUGCAUGCAGUGCUAUGUGGUAUAAUCCUUGGUUCUACAGCUUCCGUAGGGCACCCAUUACCACAUUGCAACAUGGCCCACAGUAUGGCAGAGAAAGUGAGGUGUAUUCAACAGGUGGUGAAUACACGGAAACAACUACCACUACCACAACUAUUUUAGAAGAAGAGAGAAGAAGGAGAAGAGCUGGUGGUAUUCCAUUCUGUUGCUUUUGUCUUCCUUUACUCCUGCUGUUGGCUGUAUCGUCAGCAGCAACAGGCAGAUAUUUCAUCUUCCCACUCCUAGCAAGGAAUGAAACCAAUCAAACAAAGGGAGAGUCAUCUCUUCAUCCCAUCAACCAGCAAUUCAUCUUCUUACAAGAUAGAAUCAAUUAUUGGUUCACGCCAUCCCCACACCCUGAUCAAGAACCACCACCAGACCAAGGAGGAUUCCUUGGUGCGAUGGGGGUAGAGGGGUGUAUAAAGUGCCUUAAACAGGAUCAGUUGAUGGGUUGGAUUGAUUCAGCCGUACAGAGAGAGGUUGGGGAGCUUCGUGUCCAACUUUAUAGCCAGAAAGAUCAAAUUCUACUCCUCCAAGAGCUUCGAGGCCGGCAAUCUAAGGAGAUUCAAGCUCUUCAAAUGCAACUGACAGACACCAUAGCGAGCAACUCAAACUCUGCACCAAACAGAGCCACGAUGGACCUCAUUAAUUCAUUAGAAUCUAAGUUUUCAGACCUCAAAGCAAGCAUACGGAUGUUACAACUCAAGGUUGAUUCUGCUGCUGAACAGACCGACAACUUAUCUCCUGCCACAGUUAAUCUACGCAAAGAUUUCACAUCUCUAACAGGCAGUUUAGCAGAGCUAAGAGGAUCCUUGCAGCGUUUACAUACCAAGUGUGUAGCCGAUGCUCAACUAGCAAAGUCGUCAAAUCGACAGCGGAGAGGAGAUAUCAAUUCAUUGAAUGCCAACAUGCUCACAGUCUCACAGAAAAUUGCAGAAGUACAAGGCUUAGAACUCACUCUCGUACAAGUAAAGAGAGAGAUGGAGACCUUUUCACAAACAGAUGGCCAUCAUUCCAUGCAACUUACAUCAGUGGUGGAUAACAUUAACUCUGUAGAGGCAAGUCUUACAGCAAUCCGCCAGGAAAUGCGUGACGUUGAGCUUAAUGCGACACAGGUUGGAUCAAACAGCGGGACGUCUGCUAGCCAUUUGUCGGCUUUGUACGAGGAGAUGUCUGUCCUGAAGCAGGAUAUGACAGACAUGAAGAUAAAACAUGUUGGUUAUGAGGGUUCUAUUGAAGGCCUGGUUAACAAGCAUUCAUCUCUGUUGAAUGCUGCAAAGGUCACAGAGACCGACUUGUCAGAAUUGAGAACGGCAGUCAACCAGCUGAUGUCUACUGAUAUUAACAGUAUCUUGGAACGGUUGAGUCAGCUCCAAACCAGAUUAAACGGUCUUGAAAAGGACAGUAGCCAGCUGCAGCUCAACGUGAACACAUUACAGUCAUCUAGAACAGUAGUCCAGCAGGGUGAUACUGAUGCAGCAGUCAAUACGGGGGCCAUUGAUGUCUUGCAGGCCAAUCUCAAUAAACUUGGCUCUCAGUUUGCCAGUCUGCAAACGGACAUUGCUAGUAUCCAACUUAAGGUGACAGAAUUGAAGACAUCUGUCUCACAAACAACCCAGACAGUAGACAUCCACUCUGCCAAGCUGCUAGCUUUGAGUAGGAGCAUUAGUGCCUUAGAGAAGAGUCUGAAUGGUUCAGUGGUGAUGCUGUCAGAAGCAGAUGGUACAUCUCAUUCUUUGAUCAGCAUUAGAGACAUGAAUGUCCUCAAGGAAGAGAUGGAUGCAGUGCAUGUGGCCAUCAGCAAACUUCAGAAUGAACUUGCAGGAGAGACUGCUUCAGGUAUCACCAUAGUAAACUCAGAAAUCAACUUAUUAUCCAGUAAACUAGAGCACCUUGAAGGGAGAUUGGAUGAAGUCAAACUGGAGGCAUCAUUGGCUAGCCUUGAUGAUGCCAUUAGAGAUGUUACGCAGGGUCAGGCAGGUCUUCAAGACAAUGUAGUUAGACUCCAGUUCAACACAGACUUGAUCAAAAAGCAGACUUCACGUGCUAAUGGUGAUACUAUCCAACUAAGUGUGCUUGAAACCAGGCUGAAUGAUCUUGCUUCAUCUAUUCAAGUCUUGCUGAGUGGUGGAUUCUCUGCUGGGUCUACAGGAAGCACCUCCACAGGAAGCACCUCUUCACAGAAUGUAGAUUGGAUGAAGGGAGAUAUAAAUGCCUUGCGUCAGACCGUUGCUGAUAUCAAUGCUAUCCUGUUUGUUCAAGACAGCUCUGUUGAAUCUUCAUCUACCUUCCUAGCCUCCAUCCAGGACAGACUCAACUCACUUGAUGUAGCUUUGGCUAAUCUGAAGAUCUCUCAAGAAUCAGGAAAUGGUGAACUGAAAGCAGCUAUUGUAGGACUGCAGGCAGAGAUGAACAAGCUUGGGCUAGAGCUUCAGAGACUUGAGACUGCCCAGAAAGAGAGCAGUGGGGGUUUUGGUGCUGCAGCUGGAUUAGCAGGAGGAUUAGCAGGAGCUACCCUCGGAGGGGCUGCUUGGGAUGAUGACCUGUCUAAGCUCAAGGCUAAUGUGUCUCAGCUUCAGCAGCAGUAUGCUCAUCUAGAAGUAGAUGUCAUCAACUGCUGUAAGAACAAGACAGGGGCAGCUGGAAUGCCAUGGUUCUUUCCGUUCGUAUCUACUGGUGGUAGUGGAGCAGCCGGAGGAUCAGCUGCUGCUGGAGGAAGCCUAGAUGAAGAUCGUGUGAAGAGCAUUGUGAUCACUGCGUUUGACAUGUACAAUGCUGAUAAGACAGGGAUGGUGGACUAUGCUCUAGAGUCAGCAGGAGGAAGUAUCAUCAGUAUCAGAUGCUCCGAGACCUAUGCCUUUAAGACUGCCCUCUUUAGUUUGUUUGGGAUACCUCUCUGGUAUCUGAGUAAUUCACCAAGGACAGUCAUUCAGCCUGAUGUACAUCCAGGAAACUGUUGGGCUUUCAAAGGAACCCAAGGCUAUAUUGUGAUCCAGCUAGCUGCUGCUAUUAAACCCACAGCAUUCUCCUUGGAGCACAUUCCCAAAGCCUUAGAUCCUGCAGGAAUAAUAGAUAGUGCUCCAAAGAACUUUACAGUCUGGGGAUUACGAGAUGAGUAUGAUCAUGAUGGCUACCUGCUUGGUUCCUAUGUGUAUGAUGUAGAUAGUAGUCCUCUUCAGUUCUUCCCUGUUCAGAAUCAAGAUUCAGGCCCGAUACAAUUUGUGGAGCUGAAGAUAGGUAGUAACCAUGGGAACAUGGAGUAUACAUGUUUGUAUCGGUUUAGAGUUCAUGGUGUGCUUCACAGAUGAUAGUGUAAACAUCUAAAGCUCAUUUCAUCUUCCAUUCUUUUCUCUCUCGUUUCAUCUGGGAUGUAUAUACAGUUUACUAAAUUAUUCAAACCCCUUGUGAAUUUCAAUGUCUUUUCUUUGGAACUCAAGAAUGAAAGGUGGACUGGUUGAAUUAGGGCCUUUGUUUAAUAAUUUUAGAUGUAAGCUUUGAUAUGUCACAUUCUUAAGAAACUAAAGUGAGAUAAAUCAAUUUUUCACAAACUUAAAAAAAAUACAAAACAUUCUAGGGUAUGAAUAAUGUAUUUGUUUACUGUAGAUUUAUUGUAAUGAAAUCAGUCUUUAUAGUCAUGUUAUGUGAAGUGUGUUCACAAGCUUGUAUUUCCAGGAAGUUUGAAUGAUUUCACAACAGUGCAUGUUCAAAGGAAGGUAUCGAGUGAUCUUUUCAUGCAAUAUAUGAAUGGGAUUUAAUCCAAGAGCAUAGAUACAGAGCUACUUUCCACAGAAUAGAAUGUUCUUUGCAGACGGAUUGAUUAGUUCAUUGUUAAUGGAACUGAGUGGUUUCUUUAUUAAGCUUAUUGGGAAUGAGAGUAUUCAGAAGUCAAACCGGUUUAAAACUUGUUAUUACAACUUACACAAGAUGUGCUCUAUGUAAUAGAUUUACAAUUGAAAGUGUUUCACAACAUACUGUUGGAAACUUACCCAUAAUCUUUGAUUCAUUCUAAAGUUGUUAACCACAAUGGUUGCUGUAAGACAUGUAUUUAAUGUUACAUGCAUGUGAUCUACCUGCUUUCAACUACUUUUGACUCAUAGUCUAUCAGAGAGUUAUUUAGUGUUAUGAACUUACAUUAGAGACUCAAACAAUAAAAAAGACCUUCAUUGUGAUAUAUUUCAUGAGAAAAAUGUAACAGUAAUCAUCCUUUAUAAUAUUCAGGUAUAAACCUCAAAAAAUAGUUCUUUUUCAAGCAUUAACACUUCAGGCUGGUCUGCGAUACUACAUCUAUGCAAAUGAUACAUGUGUAUAUACUUGUACAUAUACAAGCCUACAAGGGCAUCACUGUAAAUAAAUCUUGCAAUAUGUUUAUUACUUGUACAUAGUAUUAUGGAAAGAAUAUUUUUCCAUUCUACUUGUAAUGAACCAAAAAUGUAAAUAGCCAAUUGCAUUCAGUAGAUUUAAGGUACCGUAGGCAGAAAACACCUCUGCAUUAUUAACACACCUACAUGUAUCUGAUCACAUACAUGUAUUUUAUGAAAUGUACAUUGUAGUUUCUGUGAGGAAAAUAUUUAGUGCUGUCGCACAAAACCAUAUCUUGCUUCACUACAUAUAUACAGGUAUUACAUUAAAAGUAAAGUAAGGAAAUGUCUUAUACAUGUAGUAUGCAUCUUUAAUGUUACCAUAUCCACAAGAAUGAAAGGUUCUCUAUACAUUGGUUGUAUCCAUCAGAACAUAGCCUUGCUUUGUAUGAAAAGAUUCAAUCUUGGUCUUCUAAUCCAAGAAAUAGUUACCUUGAUGAAUUGCCAAUUUGAUCAAAAUCAUAUCUCUUUGAGUAUUAUAAUAAUUUGAUAACAAUUAUAGAGUGCAAACAAUAUGCUCUGUUGUAACUUCCUCCUCAAAACUCUUACAAAACAAACAGCUAUUGCUAGCCAUUUCCUAUGAAUCCAUCAUUAAAUUUUUAACCUCCAAAAAAUCCUAAGUAUUUAUUACGAUGAAUUGGUAAUAUCUGUAUAUAAAUGAGCUUCCAUAUGGGCUUUGUAAUGUUAGGAAUAUUUAUUUCUGAACAUCUGGCUGAAAUAGCGACAUUUGUGCAAACUGUUUAUUUUUGUGUAAGAUAUAAUAACAUGAACAUCAUUAUAUUAAUCAGGACUUCCUUGUGUGUCAAAACACUAUAUUUUCAUCAAAUUGACUUGUUUCGUUUUGUUUGACCAGAUUUUCCGAUCAAAUCUUGCCUGUGCCAAAAUGAAUGUCUUUUGAUACAUUAAGUAUUAAUGAUGUUUGGAAUAGAAUUAAUGAUUUUGAAUCAUAUAUAUGUACAGAUUGUAAUUUAUGAAACUGUAAAUGCAUGUUUAUAUUAAAAUUUGUGUUGAAAUAUAGGAUUAGUGCACGUUUAUAUGGAUAACCUUUGCACAGUAACAUUUAUAAUUUUCUGUGUGCUACCUUUUUGGUUGCUUAUAUGGUGGGUAUAUAUGGGAAAUGUAGUUUAUUUGGUUCAUAUUUUAUGUAUAUUUUGCACACUUAGUAGAUUUUUUUUGAAAUAUAUUAUAUGCAAAUUAGAAAAAUAGCAUUUUUUUGUAAAUUUAGAAUAGUAUUUCACAUUUGCUUUGCAAUAAGAAACAUCAUUUCCAUGUUAUUUUAUGAUUUAGGUGCAAUUCUAAAAAGGAAAUAUUUUGGGUACCCAUAGUAUAUAGCUUGCCAUAAGUUUUUGUUGGCAUAUGCAUUGAAAUCUAGAUUAAUAGAGUCUGAGCAUGCUUUGUAAAGUAAGUUAGAGCAGAUAAUUUUUAAUUUUUUUUUUUUUGGUCUGUGUAUUCGUUAAAAUAUCUUAUAGCUAAAAUCUGGUUCGUUUGAUUAAUUAUUUAUUUUGGGGGACUACCAAAGAUAAAUGUAGAAAUCUAUUUUAAAACUUAAACAAAACAGUAUUACAAAUGCUAAUACUUUCCUCAUGGCUUAACUUCCCUAGUAACUAUUUGAACUCCAAAAUCAUCUUGACAUCUUGUGACGUUAUCCAAGUGAUAAUUUGCCCACUAUCAUUUCUUCUUCUUUAUCCCAUUAUCAUAAUGAUAGCAUUCCUUUCAUCUCACCAGCCUCUAACAACCUUUUCUUUCAUUAAUACAUUAGCUUCACUACUAAUAUCAUUUCAUCACCCUCAAUUAGGUAAACACCAUCUCACAGACUUUACUCAAAAGAUACUAAUCGCUUGUAUUCUCUUAACGUAUAUUAGACAUUGAACUUGCUUUCAGUCACUUUCUUAAAUUUUGCAUGUCACUUAACCUUCAUUUCUUUUCAAAACAUUGUACAGCUAUAAUUCUUGGGGUUGGUUAGAGUAAUCAGGUAGUUAUAGUGAUCUAACAUUAGAAUGCUCUCAACUUGAAAUGUAUUGCAUCUAUUUAGUUUUGAAAGGACAAUCCAACUUGCCAAGGUAAACAAGUUUCUUUUAUAACAGAAAUGCCAGUAUAUCUAAGCCUUACUCUUCUACAACUUGAAUAGAAGCCAUCUUAUUUCAAGAUGUCAAAUACCUGUAGGAAUGUAGAUUAAAGGUUAGAAAAGCUUGAAUGUACUAGUGUCAGGCUAAUAGUUCUUCAUAUCUUAGAGUAAAGGUUAACAGUUAAUGGAGACUUUGAGGAAUGUUGUACUGUUAUAAGUAAUGUAUCUAAUAAACUUGGAAGUUGAAGCUAUA